GUUCUUCAAGGUCGGGACUGUAUCAGCUGUUGAGGUCGUUUUUAUAAUCAGUUGUUCAUCAAUCUUAGUUUUGAGGGGUAGACAAUCUUACUGGGAGUGGGCGUAACGAGUUUCAUUUCGUUAAAUGAUUUUCAGACUACCCUUCUUUGACUGCAAUAUCGCUUAUUUUAUUUCGUGGUGCCUAAUUAGGCACCACGCCUAAUUAAUUAGGCGUAUAUUUAGACGAAAAGUAAAAAAAUCAUCAAUAUCUCGAAAACAGAGCGACAAAAAGAGGAAGAUUCUCAUUUCCUCAUGACAGGCGAGUAAUGGGACUUUGACUCGUUUCUCCAUUAUUUUCCCUCUAUUUUCUAACGGAAUGUCCCAGUUAUUUACCUCUUGUUCGCCCUUUGCCUCUAAUGGUUGCUUCAGUUUUUGGUCACCAACAAGCCUUACAUUAUUGCGUAAUUAUGAGAUGAAUUAUCUCUGGCUUUACUAAUGUGAUUUGGAGUAAGACAUUUAGGUCCUUAUCUCGUGUCUUACCGACCUUCUCUUGCAGUAAAACGUUAUACUGUAGGUGAAGUAUUCCACCCUAAUUUUCAUCUUGUAGCUGCAAAUACUGUGUGUUAGAGUGCCAGGAUACUGAAGGUAUUUUAACAUCUAGUUGUAUCCCUUGAUUUUCAAAUAUAUUUCUAACUAUUCAGUUCACGAUUUGACUUAUGAAUCCUCUCUGAUUAUCCUAUAGGAUGAAACCCCAUAGACUCUCAAGUAAGUUGAUGACUGUUCCUAUACCGUCAGCAUCUUUAGUAGUCAGUCACACCUACUUUUCUCACAGUAGGUAUCACUUGAUUCUAAUCCUUUUAAUUCCCAUUUAUUCAGUAGGAAUUAGUCUCAAAGUGGCAAACUGUUUGAUCUAAGUCCCAAAUGUCCACUUAUUCUGUGAAUUACUUGGUUUUAAAUUGCUGAUCGGUUUUUAUAACAUACCAAAUAUAGGUCAGCUGGAACACAUAUGAACAUUUCUGCCGUUAUCCAAAAUCAGCCGAUUCUUUUAAUACUUUUUUUCGCACCUUGUAUCAAGCUAAAUGCAACAUCUUAGAAUUUCAUGUUUUUGGAGCAUGUUCAAUAAGUUGGAUUACCUUCAAUGAAAUGCAUCAAUCAUCUAUGAACUCAUGUGCUCGACUUCAGUUCGUACUAUUCAGUGGUAAAUUUAGUGAUAUUGGUGAGCUACAUAUACCCCGGUGAACGAAAAAAAGUAAUCUACAACCUAAUAGGUAAAAGUCAGAUGCAUUAUCCAACGACCAACUGCUCGCGUACUGAGUGUAUUCGGAGACUGUGGAGUUUGGCCCACACCACUAUGUAAACAGUAUCUGCUUUAAAAAGGAACACAAUGCCUGUAUUGUUUGCUGAUGGCCUAUGUGGAUUAUAUAUAUUGGUUGUUAAACAGGUGUCAUAGAGCAUCAAGUCCUAUAAUUUCUCGAUUUACAACUAGGUUGUUGUUAAGUAGCAGUGGUUAUUGAAAAACAGUUCCCUUCAAUUUCACUUAUUUUAAGUGCGAUUUAUCUCAGGUUUACCUCUAAGAUUUUUAAGGAUGGCGGUUCAGUAUUAGCAAUGAGAUUGACUGAGGUCUUAGGUAGAAUCUGGGAACUGGACGUAAUCCCAUCUGACUGGUCUCAAGCACUGAUUGUACCAGUCUAUAAGAAAGGACAAAAGUCCUCUGGUGAUAAUCACAGAGGAAUCAGUUUGACUAAUAUAGUGUAUAUAAUAUUGGCUCCAAUAAUACUUCGACGCCUAACCAAAGCUCGUGAAGAGCAGACUAGAGAAAACCAGGCUGGUUUUCGACCUGGACGUGGUUGUAUAGAUCAAAUAUUUACACUACGUCAGGUCCUAGAACAUAGACAUACAUUCAGACACCCCACAAUGGUAGUAUUUCUCGACCUUAAGGCGGCAUUUGACUCUGUUGAUCGUGAGGUUCUAUGGCAGUGUUUGUCACUGAAAGGAGUACCAAAGAACUACAUUAACCGUAUAAAGGCUCUCUACUCGAACACAACUGGUCGAGUGAGAGCUUAAGGCGAACUGUCAUCAGAACUGAUAACCUCAAAUGGUGUUCGUCAGGGCUGUCCACUCUUUCCAUUCUUGUUUAACAUUGUCGUUGAUGUGCUUUUAGAGAUGACAGUUUCUUCAUCUAAAUUUCCAGGAGUUGAACUUCUAUCGGGAGAUCCACUUGUUGACUUAGAAUAUGCUGAUAGAAUAGUUCUAUUUGGUGAAGAUACUGACAGAAUGCAAUCUUCUGACCACCGUAAGCAACAGUGAAAGCAUAUUCGGGUUGCGAUUCUCUCCCUUGAAAUGCAAAAUGUUGCUUUAGGAUUGGGUUGCAUCGGUACAUGGACUUAUGAUAGGGAAUGAAGUAGUUCAGCAUGUCGACCGCUCCACUUAUCUUUGGAGUCUGAUUAGCUUUUGUAGUCUGGUGUGUGACGAAAUCUCAGCACGGAUACAUAAGGCUUGAUUAGCUUGUACCAACUUGCGUCGUUUAUGACGUAGGCGAGAUAUCCGUCUACCAACCAAAUGAUAAGUUAACUGCGCAGCAGUUUGUUCCGUUCUAUUUUAUGGCUGUGAAACAUGGCCGGUAAGAGUAGAGGUUAUUAGUAUUUGAUCAUAGGUGUCUUCGAAACAUUGCUCGUAUAUCCUGGGACCACCGAGUAAGUGAUGCAGUUGUUAGGAAACAGGUACUAGGUAAGGAUGACAAAUCAAUUGAUGAAGUAGUGAAACUUCAUCAGUUAAAAUGGCUGGGAUAUGUGCUACGUAUGCCCAACCACCGACUGCCCCGACGUGCAAUGUCUUAUAGUGUAGGAGUAGGUUGAGAGAAAGCUAGAUAUGACCAGACCAAAACAUGGCACAAAACCAUGAAGUCACUGACAAGUGGACUGAGUCAUGUUGGUAGGUGUAGACUACUUAGUUGGAAUCAGCGAAACGAUAGCAACCGAUGGUUAGAGACCUUGGAUGAAAUGGCUCAAAAUCGUUUGCAAUGGCGCUGGUGAAUCCACUCUUUGUGUUCUCCCAAAUCCUAAUCUUCUGAAUUCUUCAUGUCCCUUUUUUUCUUUCCAAAUUUACUUUACUGGAUUAUACUCUAUGAAUAACAUCUUCAAACCCUAAUGUUUCCGAUUACUGCUUAUACUCUUACUACCUCUAGCACUAUGGGAUUUAAAUCGAAAAUUGUACCUCUGUGCUAAUGUGGUAUGGAAACUUGAACUGUUGUACGUACUUACAAAGUUUUAUGUUGUUGCUGACUGGCUGACUGAUUCGUUUGACAUCUUACCCUCCCACUUUUGUGAAAUAGCCGUUUACAUUGAUAUCAAUAUAUCUUCUUGUUUUGAAUAUCUUAGAUUCCAUUCUGCUUCAUCCCGGUUUCUGUUAGUGUGUACUGUCUUGGAAAUAUAAACCGUUUUGUGGAGUCACUAUCAAACAGUUAUAGCUGACAGCCUACAUCCAAAACUAUUUUGCUUCUUGCUAAUAGUACGUGUUUCUCUUCUGAGUUAUUAACUGAUUAUGUGGAUCCAGUAUUUUUAAGAAAAUAAAGUUACUACAGAGGAUGGGCUAAUUCUACAGGAAAACCAUGUGUAAUCCAUUUUUGUGUGUUUUUAGUGCACCACUUUUAUACACUACCAGAAAUACAAGCAUUUUAAAUGAUGGAUCUGUUCUUUCAUCAGACACAAUACGAACAUCAAAACACUCAAUACAUCAUUUACUUAGUAAUUUGUGAUAAGGCAUAUAUUAUUUCUGUAAAUUUUAUUUAUGAUUUGAUUUGAAACUUUCACUAGACGAAGAAUUCGUAUUUAGUCAUUUAGUUAUGAACCUUCUCCCCACUUAAUCCAAUUUCGUAUUAUUUAUUUGAUGUUCAAGACCACGAUAGAUCAGUCCCUUUUGAGAUAUAUGCAUCCGAUUGCUUCGACAUUUCCUUAAGUCACUAGAAUUAUAUGCAGAGAUGGAUGGUUGUUAACAGUGAAAUUCGGGACGCGCGUUUCGCUCUACUUUGGACUCGCCAACUGAAUGUCACUGCAUUAUGGAGUCAUUCACUCCUGGACUCGAACCCGGUACCGUUUGCUUUGAACUCCACCGCAUUAUCCUUUUAGCUAUUGGGUCCAGAUAGCCACUAGCUGAUAGGGCGAAACGCGUGUCUUGCAUUCUACUGCUAGCCAUCAUUCUUCUCCUCACUUAAUUCGGCUUAAGAAACAGAGUAGUUCGGUGGUCUCAGUAACUGGAUCAGAGGGUUGCACAUAAGUCUGAACUAAUUUAAAUAUCAGGAUUUAUGGUACCGGUCUUUUUUUCUUUUCAGCGUGAUAUUCACAUACUAAAUGCUUGAUUAGCUUUAUGUCUCCAACUGCUAAGCUUAAAAGGACAUUCUCCCUACUGGUUGGUUCGGACAUAACUAUAAAAUUUCUUUUACCUAAUGGGAUUAUAAUACCACUUACAGUGAAUUCAGAGUCAACAUUAGAAGAAAUCAAAGUACAGCUUUGGAUUUCCGCAGCAAAAUUACCAUUAUUUGAUAUAUUACAAUCAAAGAAUGACUACAUAUUUGUUGGUGUUAAUCGAGAAACUGGUGACGAAGAAGAGUUUUAUGAUAUAAAUCGUCGACUUCAUGAAAUUCCACUUCUUUUACCUUACUUACGUGUUACUGAAACUGCAAGAGAUACUACCCUAUUAAAAAUCAGUAAUCAGAAUGCUGCGAUCUCGAGUUGUACAGGCAUACCACAUACAGAUAUCAUACGUGCUUGUAGAACAAACCCUGAAGUAAAAUGGGCACGAUUACGUUUAUUACGCGUAGCUAAUAUGCAUACAAAAGCACUGAAUCAAACCGGAUCAGAUGGCUUGAUCCGUUACUUAACUUCAGCUAGUAAACGUGAAUUAAGCCAGUCAUUAAAAGUUCUUCUCCAAAAGCAAACACAUCUUACAAUAACAGCAUGGGUAUUAGAUGGUAAAGAUCCACCGGAAAAAUGUCGUGUUGUCCUCGAAUUGGAUAAAAAAGCUACUGUAUUUAACGCUCUCAAUGAAAUUUUGCAUGCACAAGCUGAACUGGCUAGACAAGAUUGUCAUGUUAAAAUGAGUUAUGGUCUCCCAGAUGCAUCAAAUUAUUUACUGAAAGUUUGUUGUUCGCAAGCUUAUCUAUUCGAUUUGAACGAAUUACUCAUUCAAUAUGAAUAUAUACAACAAUGUAUUGAACAUUAUCAACAUCCUUGUUUAAGUCCAAUAUUAAAGAACGACAUUAAACAAAGUUUACAUAACUGUCUUAAUGAAUAUAAUAAAAAUCCCAUCUAUCAACUGAAUCAUAACAAUGAUAGUUGGAUAAUCUCUUCAACAUCCACCCUAAAUACCAAUGCCAAUAACUUUGAUAACAACAAUAAUAACUCAGUUGAUUUAUAUCAACAGUUAGAAAAUUUUUUAAUCAAUUAUGAUAAAUUUGAUAAAUGUGAGACUGAUGAAUGCAUAAGCAACACUGACGACAAUUUUAUCGACUGUCGAUCAUCUGUUGAUUUCAACAAAGACGAUAAUAUAUCAGCUUUUGACGAUAUUGAUAGUGCCCACACAGUCCUCUUAUCUGGAAUCUGUUCUUCAAAAAAUGUUGAAGGUAGGCAAAAGAAUGUAAAGUCUCCAUUUACACUCACUUCUGACCGUCAACAAAAUGUAUCUCUUUGGGAAUUAAGUGGAUUUUUAAGUAUACAAGUUUGUUCAGCACAGUUUCUUGUGGAAAAUAUUACAAAUUUAAAUUCUUCCACAACCUCCCUCUCUUUAUCAACAAUUUCAUUUUCGUCCUCUUCAAUACAUCAGUCAAAUCCUAACUUAAAUGUUGUACAACAUACAAGCGUACAUGGUGGAGCUGCUUUAGAUGGAAGUUAUGUUGUACGAGUGGGAAUAUUUCAUGGUAGUCAGUUUUUAAUUGAAUGUCAAACAACUAAAGAAAGACCGGGAAACUACUUAACAUGGCGUGAAUGGCUUAAUUUUCACAUUCUUUUAGCCGAUCUACCUAUUGCUACGCGCAUCUGUGUAGCGCUUAUACGAAUUAGAAAAAUUUUGGAUCGAAAAAACGUGAGAUUUUGUGAAUACCUAUAUGGCUGGGGUAAUGUCAAUUUAUUUGAUCACAAUGGUUUCAUGAUUACGGGUGAAAUUACUUUAAAUUUAUGGCCACCCUCUUUAGUUCAAACGGCAGAUGAAAGUCUUCAUCCUUGUGGUACUGUACUUGGUAACCCCAAUCCUGAAUUCUCAAUACAGAUCAGAAUUCAUAACCCAACUCAAGGUCGUAUUCGUCGACCAACAGUGAAUUGUUUUAUCAAUGCAUAUCAUACAAAAAAAUUUCAUUCCUCUUCAUCCCAAUCCUAUUCAGAUAGUCAUCCAUUAAAAUCACGGAAUGAUGGUCAUGCUAAGAGUACAAAAGUAGAUUAUUCAUUUUGCACAAGUGAAAUAGGUGAUGUGGAUGCUUGUUUAUGCAUAGAAUCAAAUAAUAAUUUAACAAUUCAUAAUAAUCCUUAUGAAGGAGAUAUACCAUCAGAAUUUGUGUCUAAUAAAUCUUUUCAGAAUAACACUAUUACUUCAUCAGUAACAAAUUUAACUAAUAAAAUAUUAGAAUCAAGAUUACGUGAAAUAGUUAAUCGUGAUCCAUUAUAUGAAUUAUGUGAACAAGAAAAAGAUUAUUUAUGGCGUGGUCGUUAUUGGUGUUUAAAUAAUUUACCUUCAGCAUUACCAUGGAUAUGUCAAGUUGUUAAUUGGUGUGGUCGUGAUACAUUAGCAGAAUUCUACACUCUUAUACAUCAAUGGCCACAACCACUUAGUGUUGACAUCGCUUUACGUUUACUUGGUGCAUUCGAUUUAACACGAAGUAAUUCAAAUCUUAUUGAUUUACCAAAUGGAAUAAAAGUUGGAGCAAGUGGAAUAGCUGAUUUAUAUUUGCGCGAAUUAGCUGUAAAUAGUUUGUAUAAUCUUAGUGAUGCUGAAUUGAGUGAUUAUCUGUUACAACUGGUUCAGGCGCUUAAAGCUGAAGCCUAUUUGGACAAUGCACUAACUCGUUUUAUCUUAUAUCGUGCUUUAAAAAAUCCCCUGCAAAUUGGUUCACGAUUAUUCUGGCAUUUACGUUCUGAACUUCAUUUGCCAGAUAUACGCCUUCGAUUCAGUCUAAUAUUAGAAGCAUUUUGUCGAGGUUGUGGACCAAUGUUAGUAUUACUUUCUCGUCAAGUAACUGCUCUUAAUCGUUUAGAAGCGUUAAGUACACGUUUAAAAGAAUUAACUAGUGAGGAUGAACAACGUGAACUAUUCCGUGAAGAGAUGUCUCGAACAGAAACCCAACAUGAUCUUCAAUGGUUACCAUCUCCGUUAUGUUUAAGUGAUAUCUUAGGUGAAUUAUUAAUUCAUAAAUGUGAUGUUAAGCGAUCUAAAAAAAGACCCUUAUGGCUUGUAUGGACAAAUCCUGAUAGACUGGCACAAUUUCAUCAUCAAAACUAUCAACUGAUUUUUAAACAUGGUGAUGAUCUCCGUCAAGAUAUGCUGACACUUCAAUUACUCAAAUUAAUGGACCGUAUAUGGAAAGAAGAAGGUAUGGAUAUGUGCUUAACAUCAUAUGGUUGUUUUGCAACAGGAUAUGAAAUGGGAAUUAUUGAAGCGGUACGUGAUUCACGUACUGUAAUGUCUAUACAAGGUGAACGUUUACGUUCCGCUUUACAAAUUGAUUCAUCACAGUUAUAUAAAUGGUUAAUGCAACAUGCUAAACAAAAGGCAAGACAGUUAAAUCAUUCACCAUUAGGUGAUAAUUCUGCCUAUGAACGGAUGAUACGUACAUUUACUAUGUCAUGUGCUGGUUAUUGUGUUGCUACAUUUAUUUUAGGAAUUCGUGAUAGACAUCCAGAUAAUAUAAUGGUUGAUUCAACUGGGCGAUUGUUUCAUAUUGAUUUUGGGCACAUUUUAGAUAAUCGUAAGAAGAAGUUUGGUUUUACUCGUGAACGUGUACCAUUUGUUUUGACAAAAGAUUUUAUUACAGUAAUUGCACGUGGUAAUCCUGAUGCUGGGACAAUAACAACCACAACUAAUACUCCAUCAUCAGUCGUUCAUAAUACUAUCAGUAAUAUGUAUUUUCAAGAAUUCACUGAUUUAUGUGGUAAAGCUUACCUUCUGUUACGUAAACAUUCAAAUCUCAUAUUAACAUUAUUAGCUAUGAUGUUACCUUCUGGAUUACCCGAACUAACUUCAGUGUGUGAUUUGGAACAUGUAAGAAAGACUUUAGCUGUCGAAAUUGAUAAUGAACAGGAAGCACUUGCAUAUUUUCACCAUAAAUUUAAUGAAGCCUACUCUGGUGCAUGGACAACAAAAAUUGAUUGGUUUUCACAUUGGAUGAAUACAUAAGUGACUGCACAAAAUAUUAGUCAUGCCGUUACAUGAAUUCAUUUAAUUUAUUUUCUAUGAGCAAAAUGAUUUGAUACACUUAUUUACUUAUCGCACUGUAUCGCUUAAAAAUAUUUUUGUAUAUUCUACUGAUAUUCUUCAGUGCUUUGUAUUCAAUUGAAACAGAGUUUUGUCUUUAACCUAUAGUUUCUUGAAGCAAUGAAACAUAUAAUGCAAUUGGAAGUAUAAUUUUAUCAAUAAAAUUCGACCUUAUUUGAAAUUGGGUUAAUUAA